GGGGCUCGGAGGGAGCUGCGAGACGGGGGAGCCCUGACGUGAUCCUAGAAUAUUCCUCCAGGAGGUGACACUGGGAAGGUUACUGCAGUAGGUGAAUGUUGCAUGGCUAGUUGUGAGUGCGGGCCGGAUUGGUUAUCCCUGUCGGUGGGGCUUUGAAUGGCAUUUCUGAGAAGUAGGGCACGGCGAUUAAUAACUACUUGUUGACUACCUGAAUGAAAGAAUGAAUACCCCCAAGAACCACAUAUUCCUGUAUGAUUGGCGCGACGCGCCCCUAUGAAGAACAGCAACAAUUACUUCUUAAGGCCCCUGUUCCACGUACGCCAGUCGAGGCCGCAGUGUUUUCUGGGAAAGGUAGUUCUAAAGCCCGUCGUCUGGCCCCGGUCAAACUGAGCCCAAACUAAACUUCCCAGAAAGCAGCACACUCGCCUGGGAAGAGGGGCAAGAUGGCGGACGCUGAAGACGGUACUUUGCGACCCGCGGGAGCCUCUGCUGCCCCAAUUUCAUUCAGCUUCAGUCGCACGUCCGCCAGGAGACGGCUGGCGGAUCCGGGAGACGACGCGAGUGCGGCUCCGGAGGAGAAGGAUUUCUUAAAGACCGUGGAAGGGAGGGAGCUGCAGAGUGUGAAGCCCUCAGAAACCCCCAAGGAACUCGUCAUCCCUUUGAUCCAGAAUGGCCAUCGCAGGCAGCCACCGACCCAGGCUCCUGGGCCAUCCACAAACACUGAGGCCUUGGUGGAAGGGGUGCUGUCUCAGGCUGUAAAGGAGAUCAUUGAGGACUCCAAGAAGUCCCUGGAGGAGAGAGAAAAUUCGGGUAUCGACCCCAUGCUUGCUAUCCCCAUGAUCCAGAAAGGAUGCAUCCCUAACGGAGAAGGGGCAGACAGCGAACCCCGAGCUGAGACAGUGCCGGAAGAAGCUGAUUACGAGGCAGUCCCUGUAGAGGCCUAUGGGCUGGCCAUGUUACGAGGCAUGGGCUGGAAACCUGGCGAGGGCAUUGGCCGCACCUUCAAUCAAGUGGUAAAGCCCCGUGUCAACUCACUGAGACCAAAGGGGUUAGGGCUGGGUGCCAACCUGACUGAGGUCCAGGCCCUGGCCCCCACUGGCCCCCACCGCCUGCCAAAGCCAGAUGAGGAGCAAGAGAAGGAUAAGGAAGACCAGCCUCAAGGACUGGUGCCUGGGGGAGCUGUGGUGGUUCUUUCUGGCCCGCACCGAGGCCUCUAUGGGAAGGUAGAAGGCCUCGAUCCUGACAACGUUCGGGCCAUGGUUCGCCUGGCCGUGGGGAGCCGCAUGGUGACUGUUAGUGAGUACUACCUGCAACCUGUCUCACAGCAGGAGUUUGACAAGAAUUCCUUGGAUCUCAGCCAGAUGCGUAAAACUUCCUCAGUGCAACAGAAUGGAACAGCUUCGUCAUGGAAGGCCCUCCGGGAUCAGGACCUCCCCAGCCAGCAAGAGGACUCACAGAGGAAGCGAAAACACCUUCCCGACCGACAGGGGGAGCCUGCUGCCAAGAAUGAGAAGGCAGGUCCCAGGAGCCAGCACUGGUUGCACAGGGACCUACGCGUACGCUUUGUGGACAAGCUGCACAAGGGUGGCCAGUAUUAUAACACCAAGAUGACGAUCGAAGAUGUCCUCAGCCCAGAUACCUGUGUGUGUCGAACAGAUCAAGGCCAGGUCCUGGAAGGCCUGAGGGAAGACAUGCUGGAGACCCUGGUCCCCAAGGUCCAAGGCAACCGGGUUAUGGUGGUGCUGGGGCCACAGGCUGGAAAGGUGGGCCGCCUGCUGGACUGGGACAGAGAACAGAGCCGGGCUGUGGUGCAGCUGCAGAGAGAGAAUCAGCUGGUGGAACUUCACUAUGAUGCUGUCUGCCAGUACCUGGGCCCCAGUGACUCAGAUGAAGACUGACCCAUGGCCCCGUUCCCACCCCCAACGCUGCCACCUGCUCUGUAUGGUGUGGAAAGACAGUCUUCACAAAGGUGGGGAGGUCAUUGUUCCAUCCUCCACUUGCACCUCAGCCCCAGGACCAGGACAGGGACAGGGCAUAAGAUAGAUGGGCCUGAAGGGAGGCUUGAAACAAACCUGGUAUUCUCCAGAAGCUAGUGUGUAAUAAAAAUCAUUUCAAAAACUCA